CUUCCUUUCUCUCUGUUUCUGUUUCUCUCCAAAUCAACAGCACAAGCACAAUGCAGAGAGUGACUGUGUUACUAGUGAUACUUUGCGCUACCUGGCAGGUAGCCUCGUCCGUCACCUCCGACGGUUUAUUGCCUAAUGGAAACUUUGAGUACGGUCCAAAGCCAUCACAAAUAAAAGGAACAGUAGUGACAGCCAAGAAUGCAAUCCCUAACUGGGAAAUCUCCGGCUAUGUUGAGUACAUUAAAUCAGGGCAUAAACAAGGUGACAUGUUACUAGUUGUCCCUGAGGGAGCUUUUGCAGUUAGGCUAGGCAAUGAAGCAUCAAUUAAGCAAAAAAUCAAGGUCAUUAAGGGUGCGUUUUACUCGAUCACGUUCAGCGCAGCGCGUACUUGCGCGCAGGAGGAGCGACUGAACAUCUCGGUUUCACCAAAUUUGGAACCAAAAGAUUGGGGGAUGUUGCCAAUGCAGACCAUGUAUAGCAGCAAUGGUUGGGAUUCUCAUGCUUGGGGGUUCCAAGCUGAUGCUGAUGAGAUUGAGAUUUCUAUACAUAACCCAGGUACUGAAGAGGACCCAGCUUGCGGCCCACUUAUUGAUUCCGUGGCCUUGAAGCUUCUCUCCACUCCUAAACGGACCAGAGUGAAUCUGCUUAAGAAUGGAGAUUUUGAAGAAGGACCCUAUGUGUUCCCUAACACAUCUUGGGGAGUCCUAAUUCCACCCCACAUUGAAGAUGACCAUAGUCCUCUGCCUGGCUGGAUAAUUGAGUCCCUCAAAGCAGUCAAGUACAUAGACAUUGAUCAUUUCUCCGUCCCGUCGGGCAAACGAGCGAUUGAGCUCGUCGCCGGAAAAGAAAGUGCCAUUGCACAAAUUGUGAAGACCAUACCAGACAAGACCUAUGCACUCACAUUUUCAGUCGGUGAUGCUAAUAAUGCAUGUGAAGGGUCAAUGGUUGUGGAGGCAUUUGCAGGCAGAGACACUGUUCAAGUACCUUAUACUUCCAAGGGCAAAGGAGGGUUCAAGCUUGCGAAACUUGGGUUCAAGGCCACAUCUACACGCACUAGGGUUAGGUUCUUGAGCACAUUUUACACUAUGAAGAGUGACAAUUCGGGUAGUUUGUGUGGACCUGUAAUUGACAAUGUGAAGUUACUUAGUGUGCGCAAUCCGGGGCGUAUGUGAGUGUGUGAUCACCGAACGAGUUUAAUCGCAUUGCUUAUGCGGUUGAAUUCUUGGUAUUGUUUAGCUUAUGUUAAUGUCAUUAUUAUACGGGUAAGUAGGAGCAAAAAGUGUUUGAUUUAAGUCUCUAUAAUGUCUCUACCUUAUGUAUUUAUGGUUUUCUAUUGAGUAAAAUGAGGUGGU